AAGUGGGACACUAACAAGAGGAGACAACAUGGCAAUAGAAAUAUCAGUGGUCAGUGUGGGGGCUCUGUUGCUGAUUGUGCUGCUGUUGAUGGUACUGAUUUGCACCUCUGGUCAGGGCAACAACUCCAUCCAGGGAAACAACAAGGGAAAAGUUGAAUCCAGACUACUGCAGCGUCUGUUUCAGCUCCGACCCUGCUCCUCACUUCCUUCUCUCCCAGGUCCACCCAGUCUCUUCCUCAUCGGCAACAUGAUGGAGCUGACACAUAAUCAUCUGCCGAUACACCUAAACAAUCUGGCACAGCAGUACGGAAACAUCUUCCGCCUUAAAUGUGGAAACACAACCAUGGUGGUGCUUAACAGCAGUGAGGUCAUAAGAGAAGCACUUGUGAAAAAGUGGUCAGACUUUGCAGGGAGACCAGUUUCAUACACAGCUGAUAUUGUGUCUGGAGGAGGGCGCACCAUCUCUCUGGGGGAUUACAAUGAGGAGUGGAGAGCACACCGCCGGCUCGUACACACUGCUUUACAGCGCUGCUGCCAGAGCUCUUUGCACGAGGUGAUAGAGAAACAGGCACUGCAUCUGAGGAAGGUUUUGUUGCAAUAUCAAGGCACAGCCGUUGAUCUUUCAGAAGAUUUCACAGUGGCAGCGAGUAAUGUCAUCACCACUUUGGCUUUUGGAAAAGAGUAUGAUAAGAGUUCCUCUGAGCUUCAGGAGCUGCACAGCUGUCUGAAUGAGAUUGUUGCUCUGUGGGGCUCCUCUUGGAUUUCUGCUCUGGACUCCUUCCCGCUGCUCAGAAAACUACCCAAUCCUGUGUUCGCCCGUCUUCUGAAAGAGGUGGCCAGGAGGGAUGAAAUAAUUAGAAAACAUCUUAACAAUUAUAAGUCGCAAGACAAGAAAAAUGAGGAUGCCAUCACAGCGUCUCUGCUGAAAGGCCUUGACACAGAUCAACACAAAGGCCAAGGAGCAGUACUCACAGAUGUUCAUGUUCACAUGGCCACUGUGGACCUUCUCAUUGGGGGAACCGAGACCACUGCAGCAUGGCUCAACUGGACUGUGGCAUUCCUCUUACAUAGACCAGAGGUGCAGACAAAGGUGUAUGAGGAGCUGUGCACAGUGCUGGAAGGAAGAUACCCCAAGUACAGUGACAGACACAGACUGCCUGUCCUGUGCUCUGUGAUCAGUGAGGUGCUCAGACUCAGGCCUGUUGCCCCGCUGGCUGUGCCUCACAGAGCCAUUAGGGACAGUAGUAUUGCAGGUUACUUCAUCCCCAAGAACACUGUCAUUAUUCCAAAUCUUUUUGGAGCUCAUCACGAUCCUGCAGUGUGGGCAGACCCGUACCACUUCAAACCAGAGCGCUUCCUGGAAGGAGGAGGCGGCUCCAACCGUUUCUUGAUCCCUUUUGGAGGGGGGGCCCGGCUCUGCCUGGGGGAGUCAGUUGCUAAAAUGGAGCUCUUUUUGUUCACUGCCUACUUGCUCAGAGAUUUCCAGUUCAUCCUUCCAAAGAGUGAAGCCUCUUUGCCUGACCUGAGAGGAGUUGCAAGUGUUGUGCUUAAGAUAAAGCCCUACACAGUAAUUGCACAACCAAGAUCUGUGACUUACCCAUAAAGGGGAGAGUCCAAACGGGUUGGCCAGGGGUGGCAUGCACCCCAUCCUCCAAAAAACUUUGACUACACAUUUGCUUUGUCGGGGGCAGUACUUUGGUUAAAAUCGACCUUUUGGGCUGCUCUAGGCCUGGUUCAUUCGUCUGUAUAGAAUCAACACUCACCUUGUCCAUGUAGCCCUGUUCCUAAGCAGAAGCCUAUGCACCUAGCCUGAUGUGCACCCCCUCCAAAAUGUAACUAUGCGUUGCAAUGGCACAGACUGCAAGACCUGCGACUAGUCUUCCAGGCAGCAUUACAUUUCCUGUAUGUACAGUAUAACAUUUGCAGAAUCACUGUAUAUUGACCUUACAUCAGCCUGCACUUUCCAUCUCCUCAGACCUCUCCUUUUUGUAAUAAAUGCUGUUUGUUCAACCGCAACAGAUAUAAGCUCCAAGUUAACAAACCACAAAAGCGUAAUAAUUUCCUGUGCAAAAAAAACAAGCAGUAGUUAGGCAAUGCAGAAGUAUAAAUCAGGCUUUAGGCUGCUUGUAGUGUUCUUGCGUUUCAAUAAAGCAUAUUUCAUGUUGUUAGUUCUUUAAAUUUUGACUUUAGAGACACAGCUUUUUUGAGUCUUAAAGAAUUAAGCAUGGACAGUUUAAAUGUUGCCCUUCUGUUGUGUUACUUGUUGUAGAUAAAAUGUCAUACACAUGAAUGUAUAUAUUUGAUGCUUUGAGAAAGAAAGGGUUAAUAAAUAGUUUCCUUCUGAA